GCAGACGACGACGACGUGCACAAGUGCGGGCGCUGCCAGGCCGAGUUCACCUCCUUGGAGGACUUCGUUCAACACAAGCUGCAGAAGACCUGUCAGCGGACGCAAGACGCCGUUGCUGCCGCGUCGGCGAAUCUUCUGGGUCCGGAAGCGCAAAAGGUCGUUCCUUCUGUUGAGGAAUCGAUAACUGUUGCUCAUAUAGUUGUUGAGACCUCUUCGAUAGCAGAAGAAAUCAGUAAUGCAUCAGCUAUCGUAGGAAGUGGGCACAUCAAGGAGGUCAUUGUUGCAGGAGAUCAUGUUUUUGAAAAUCCCAAUGGUGACAUUGAUGGUGAGAUCACUGAAGGGCAGGACAGCCCUGAUGACAGAGAACAGGGCAUCUCCACAGAACUCAUCAAGGUGAAGCUGCUGGUGAAUAAAGAAGGCCGAUAUGUGUGCGAGUUGUGUCAGAAGACAUUUAAAACGGCCAGUAUUCUCAAAGCUCACAUGAUCACUCACAGCAGCAGGAAGGACUAUGAAUGUAAACUCUGUGGAACGUCCUUUAGGACAAAGGGCUCUCUAAUCAGACACCACCGGCGCCACACAGAUGAGCGACCUUACAAAUGCAAAAAGUGUGGGAAAAGCUUCAGAGAAUCAGGAGCUUUGACUCGGCAUCUGAAAUCCUUGACGCCUUGCACUGAAAAAAUCCGCUUCAACAUGAACAAAGAAAUAGUUGUUAAUAAAGAUGAUUUGCCAACAGGAUCCUGUAGCUCGAAUGCAGAGACUGUUUCAUCUAUAGCAAGUGAAUCCAUUGAGACAUCUCCCGUGAUUCAUCUAGUGACUGAUGCAAAAGGCAAUGUUCUUCACGAAGUCCACGUCCAAAUGCAGGAACUGCCUGUUGUUGAUACUAAAUCCUUGGACCAAGAUCCAUCUAAUCCCGAGGAGCUGUCAUGCGAAGGGGAAGUGAACAGUGAGAAUUUGCUGAGACAGGCCAUGAGGAAUUCUGGCAUUGUGAUUGAGAGAGUCACCAUGGAGGAGAUUCAGAAAUCCGACGAAGCCAGUGCAGCUGCUUCUGAAGAGCUAGAAAAUGAAGGGGUAGAAGCGGAAGAAGAGCUAUGUGGAGAACAGUGUAUCGAAAUAGAGCAAGUAGAGACUACAGAUUCACAAACAACAAAUGGCUACAAAAGUUACGUUUGCUCUCAUUGCACUGAAGUCUUCAGUGAGGCUGCUUUCCUUGAAACGCACAUGAAAGAACAUUUAGAGUACAAGCCGUUUAGAUGCGAGGAGUGUGGGAAGGAGUUCCCCAAGGGCUACCUGUUAAAGAAGCACCAAGAAGUGCAUGUCCAUGAGCGGCGCUUCCGCUGCGGGGAGUGUGGGAAGCUGUACAAGACCAUCGCACACGUGAAGGGCCACAGGAGGGUCCACUCGGAUGAGCGCCCCUACUCUUGCCCAAAGUGCGGCAAGAGGUACAAGACCAAGAAUGCCCAGCAGGUUCACUUCCGGACGCACCUGGAGGACAAGCCCUACGUGUGCCAAUACUGCAGCCGGGGCUUCCGGGAGAAGGGCUCGCUGGUGCGUCACAUCCGGCACCACACAGGCGAGAAGCCGUUCAAGUGCUACAAGUGCGGGCGGGGGUUUGCGGAGCAUGGCACUCUCAACCGGCACCUGAAAACCAAAGGUGGCUGCCUUCUUGCAUUGAAGGAGGCUGAAGAAGUGCUGGUUUCAGAAGAAAGCCAGUCAGCUGACAACUUAGCUGCCACUGUUAUUUCUGAAGAUCCUCACACUGUUCUGGUGGAGUUUUCCUCUGUGGUGGCAGACACUCAGGAAUACAUCAUCGAGACCGCCACAGAAGACAUGGAGACCAGUGAAGCUACUGAAAUAAUAGAGGGAACAAGACAUGAGAUGGACAGUCACAUCAUGAAGGUUGUACAGCAGAUAGUGAACCAAGCAAACUCUGGCCACCAGAUCAUCGUGCAGAACGUUACGGUGGCAGAGGACUCGGAGGUAACCACUGAUGCUGCAGACACAAUCACCAUAGCAACUCCGGAGAGUCUCACGGAGCAGGUUGCUAUGACAUUGGCUUCUGCUAUCGGCGAAGGAGCGGUGCUGACGACAGAGGGUAGCAUUGAGACGGAGGAAGCAACAGUAACGAUGGUUGCAUCAGAGGACAUUGAAAUAAUGGAGCACGCAGGAGAGUUUGUUAUAGCUUCCCAGGAGGGGGAGGUGGAGGUUCAGACAGUGAUUGUGUAGCCCCUGGCACAGGGUGAGUGGCAGACCCCCAGCACGUCUCCAGCAGCGUUUCUCUCCAGGGUGGGGAAUUAGGGUAGAGCUGCAUAAGCUGGCCCAUCCCGGUGUCUGAGGAGUGGGAGGAAAAGCCAUCUUGCGUAGAGUUAUAUAUAAACCAAACCAAACCCUUUAUAACCAGAUGGAAGUGGCUUGAAUCAAAUACAGCCCUGCUAUUACACUUUUCAGUUGACAUGGAAAUGUCAGACUCCUGCAUGGUUUUACUGUGGAGGUGACUGCUCAGUCUUGACUGCCACAGACUCCGUGUUUUGUACAGCUGCCUCAAAUAAAGGAACGUCCUUUGCAAAGCAGUAACCUUGGACCACGGGACGGUAGUGUUCUGAGAUUUACCCUUCAGCAUAGAAGGUAAAGCACGUGUGUCAUUUCUUGCGAGAGAGACUCCUCGCUACCUAAGCUAACUGUAGUCAGUUAAUAAACUCUGAGGCAUUUUUGGGGUGAACUUACCAAAGCUGGAAGGCUACUGCUUCCUGCCUUCCAGCCUCCCCUCAUAAUGGUAAUGCAGGUUUAGCUUGCUUGAUCAUGAGAACAGCCUUACGUACUUGUGUACGAGCAGUACAUCACUAUAUCCUUGCUGUGUCACAAGGCUGCUCCAAGAGCUGGCCUGUCCGUGUAGAAAGCCAUACUGUACGUGACGUUUUUUACCCAGGUACAGAUUUUUAAUUGCCUCUUGUACAGUUUCAGCUUGUAAAUAAAAAAAAACAAACACAUUUUUUUAAUAAAAUAUAUUUUAAGUUGCU